AUGUCGAUAUUUGACCCAUCCUUGGAAACUAAGGGGAUAACAGGGAUCAAAGCAUUGAAGAAGAAAUUCCCUGGAAACACACCUAUCUAUGUGGUCUUCAAUCUUGUCAGCCCGCUAUUGCCUAGCAAAGAUUAUACCCCAAGAAUCAUAGCUGUUCCUCACGCUAUCGCCAAACUUGAAGACCGAUCUAUAUUGUUAAUAACCAAGGACCCCAGCACACCCUAUGCCCAUCUAAAUGAUCGAGGGCAACCUACAGAAGAUGUUUUCAACGCCAUUUAUUCUUUCAAACGUCUUCGCAGUGAAGCCAAAAGACAUAGCAACUUGGUGAAGCUAUUUAAAGAGUACGACAUCGUGGUUGCUGAUUUCCGGAUCCACAAAUUUCUUCCUCUGGUGCUAGGUGAAGUUUUCUACGUCAAAAACAAGAAAAUUCCUUUCAAGAUUCAAAUGGCCCGGCCCCUGCCAACGGCUGCUCUUACAAAGGAUAAAACCAACAAGUUCAAAGAUCUGCGAUGUGAACCGAAGUAUGUUCGACACCAGAUCAAGCUUAUCGCCGAGAACACGUACUUCAUACCACCCGCCCAAGGCAAUUGUAUGGUGGUGAAAGCAGGCCACUCGAACAUGCCAGCUGAUCACAUUAUAGCCAACAUUCGGGCAAUUAUCGACUAUUUGACCAAUCAAAAGUUUCGUCCUGUUGGUGGGCUUGCCGAAGCUAAUAGCAUUGAAAGUAUUUUUGUAAAAACAUCGGAUAGCGUCAGUAUUCCCGUUUUUGUCAAGGAGAAGGUGGAUGACGCUGAUCAACAAGACGAUAGCGAUUUUGAUUUCUAG